CAUGUCAGAGCACUCUUUUCAAAUCCCAUCCUGCAGAUGUGACUACAGUCUACAAGAAAGGCUCCUUCUUUCCCAGGGAGCUGCCGGAAUUAGCAAAGCAAUUUGUGAUGAGAACACUCUUUGUGGAGCAGCCGGUACCGCAAGCCGUCGUGUCGUCGUGGGUCAACGGCAAAUUUCACGGGGAACACAAUUCGGCUGUGAAGACGUUAGCGGGUCUGCGAAUAUGGAAUGAGGUGCACAUGCCCGGCGGUCUGCGUGCGUGGUUGCUGAAAAAUACGUUCAGAGUUCAACUAAGGAUUGCACUUCUUGGAGGAGGGAAAGCUUGGCAGGGAGCCGUCACUGGUGGAACCCCAGACAAAUAUUCCAAAGACGUCACAUUCCUAGACAACUAUGCAAAGGAACGGUGGGAGUGCGUGUUGCACUUCAUGGUUGGUUCUACGAGUGGAGCGGCAGACACUGUGAGCAGCGACACCAAGCAGGUUCUAGUCAAGUCCGGACUAAUGCGCAGAAAGUAACUGUUGCCUGGCAAAAAUGUUCAUCUUUUAACCCUGAGUCAGAUGAUAUCCCAUAGCCACUCAGUAUUUCGCCGAACAUUCUGCGUGAUCCCACCGAUUAGCUGGUGUUACCUUAGAAUCUAUGGACUGAUCCUGUAUAGAUAUAUAGGUAGUGUGUUAUGUUUUAUAUUAUCCACACAGUGUACAGUCACCUUGUGACCAUUCAAGUGGUGAUUCAAGUGUGUGCUGCCACCUGUUGAAGCAAGCCUGAACUUGCAUAUGUCUCUCAGUUUAUCUCCCCCUUUCUUGUGCUCGCUCUCCCUCUCCCGCUCCCUCCUCUCUCUCCCCCUCUCUCCCUCCCUCUUAGGGUCAGUCUGUACUGUGUGCGAAUGCACCCGUGUUUCUUUUAGUCGUAGUAGUUGCAUAUUAAGUAUGUUUAUCGGAUUACAGUUAAUUUGAGUGUACAUAUUCGUUUCUUAGAGACGAAAAUAGUUUUAUUCUGUUUACGCGAGCAUGCUAUGAAUAAUGAACUACAGGCGGUAUAUAUAAUGCUAUUUAUUUUAAACUGAAACGUAAAUGUAUUUUAAAUAUGGCCGCGCUGAAUGCGCUCUAGUCCACCUCUGCAUGAGAAUGAGGCCAUUAUUUGUGUCAUUACAUGAAUAAUACUGCACCGCCUGUCACAUAAGGAUUUUAUUUCUUGUCUCGUAAUAAAGGUACAGUACUGGGCAAUAGAUAUUUAGAGUAGAGAGUACAGACAUAGCUGUAGGUUAGCUAGUAGAGUAGUUGAUUGGCAUAAUUAAAUUUUUAACAGAUUAUAUCGUCGUGAAAUGUUCGUGAUCGUAUGAAGUGAGACAAAUGAAUAUAUUAGAAGAGGAUAUUAGGCAACAGACAUGGUAGAUGCUUAAUCAGGUUCCCACUAAUUCGGUUUAGAGUUAAUGUAAGCACAAACAGAGACGAGAAUUAAACACACAUUAGGUGUACAUAUUCAUAUAAAUAUAAUGAAGAGCGAAUGAGAAAGAAACUUUGUUUUUUAUUUCACUCCCGGUAUAAUACAUAUCAUCAGGAGUGAAUAAUACUAGUAAUAGAAUAUUAUUAUUAUUAUAUUAUUAUAUUAUAUUAUUAUAUAUUAUACUAUUAUUAUUCACGCCUUAUAUCAUAUUAGGUACGAUACUCGCAGAUCGUAGACGUAGGCCAUGGAAAUACGUUGGCAGUCACAAGAAUUUCGUUAGGUUGAAUCCUAGAGUGUUUACAAGCUCAACUGACAGGCUUCGUGGUCCCCUGGAGACCCAGUCCGUGAUAGUAACUAACACCUGAGGGCUCAAUUACUAAUGGAAAUACAUUGCUAUACGAGUUGCUAUCGUUGGCACAGAAAUGUGACUAUAGAUGGCACCACUGUCUCUAGCAUAAUGAGACCACUGUAUCCUACUUCAAUUGUCCACGAUGGGAUCAACAGGAAUAAACCAUCUUUCUCGUCUUCUUCUCUUUCUUACGUAAUCAGUCCAUGAAGGUAUCAACAUGAAUCGUGCCUUGUCUUAAUCUGCACAUUACACUGCCAAUCCACGAACGAAUCAACAGCAAUCAUGUAUUGUGUUAGAGUGAUAGAUAGUGAGUGAUAGAGUCGGCAACAAUCACGUUUUGUAUUCCUUUCUAUCUUCCUUCCAUCCCACAUCAUCACUCCUUAAAUGGGUCAGCAGCAAUCAUAUCUGCCCUAUACAUACAUCUUACAGGUAUCAUAUCUUCCUCUCUAUCUUACAUCAUCUGGCCAUGUGGAAAUCAAGAUCAAUCGUCAGCAGUAAUCUGUCAUCGGCAAUCAAUCAAUCAAUCAAUCAAUCUGCAGCAAUCAAAUCAAUCUCAAGCAAUCAUGCCUUGUCUUCCUCCCUACCUUAGAUCACCUGGCCAUGUGGAAAUCACAGCAAUCUAGCCUUGUCUCCAUCCUGUCUUCCUACCCUCCUGUCUUCCUGUCCUCUCUAUAUUCCGCUCCUCCUACCUCCGACGUCCACUCUCCGUGAUGUAGUCAGCAGCUCUCAGGAAAUCUCAAGCAAUUAAGCCUUGUCUUCCUCUCUAAUCUCUAAUCUUCCUGUCCGCUUUCAGUACUUCUCCCACGCCCACACUCUGUGACAGUAUGGCAGCAGCUAUCAUCCUGUUUUCUUCUCUAUCUUCCUCUCCUCCUAUCCCGAGGCAACAGCUAUCAUCCUGUUUUCUUCUCUAUCUUCCUCUCUCCUCCUAUCCCGAGGCAACAGCUAUCAUCCUGUUUUCUUCUCUAUCUUCCUCUCUCCUCCUAUCCCGAGGCGGCAGCUCUCAGGUCUUCUGCUCUGGGUACGGGUACAGGUAGAGCUCCAUCCCUUCCUCGCUCGGCGCCUCCCCGCGCUCCACCAUGUCGGCGAGGGCGCUGGCGCAGC